GUGAAAAGUCGUAAACAAGAGAAUGAGUCGGAGUGUUUUUAUUGUAUUUCAAUGGCAAAUUCAAAAAAAUUUGUAAGUAAAUAGUAAAUGACAAGAUUUGAGAGACGAGUGGGAUAGAUACGGGUACGGGUAAGAGAUAAAAAAGAAAAAAACCGAUACAUUGGUAGGCGUUUGCGCAUGACUAUAUAUGUAUAGUUGGGGGAUGAGUAAACAAAACGAUCACGCAGUCAACGGCGUGCCGCGUGGGCUGGAAGUUGCACUAGAAGUGCUGAGGACUGCAGAAGAAUUCGAGUCAUUCGUUAUAGUACCAGGGGAUGCUGUGACUCUCUUCAACUUACGAUAUUUCAGUUCAGACAAGGGGGAUCAAUCGACACGUUGAUAUUUUUAAAGAGGAAACAAGUUGAGUCUAAGGCUCUAAUCUAAUAUAGAGAUGAUGGAUAUUUAUGUAGGGCCUAGGAGAGAAACAUUGAGGCAUAACUUGACAUUAUUGAAACCAUCGGAAAAUCUACGAGUACCGGGACAAUGUACAACUUCACCAACACCUAACAAUCAGAAUCAAAAUUUAGUUGAUGAAGUGGAUAAUCGUGAUUAUCGCUUUGAAUCGGCGAGACUAGCGAGCUAUGAGAAUUGGCCAGCUACAUUUAUGAAUGCGGCUAAAUUAGCUGCUGCUGGAUUUUAUUAUACUGGUGAGAUUGAUCGUGUUAAGUGUUUUGAGUGCGGUGUUGAGAUAUUCGAAUGGGUUGAGGGUGAUAAUCCAAUGUCGGACCAUCAACGUUGGAGGUCAACAUGUAAAUUUAUACGAAAACAGCCGUGUGGUAAUGUUCCGAUUGGUGUUGAUCCGAGUACAGUGCCAGUGCCACCACCAAGGAGUAGAGAUGUGUGUGGCUAUGGGGAGGAUUAUCGACCAAAUGCAUCGCCAGACUUUCGCUCUGGGCAGAGUGGAUUUGAAUUUCCCAGUACAGCGAGACUAGGUAGUCUUAGAUUGGCUAAGGCUAAAGGGCCAACUCAUCCAGAGUACGCUAGCUACGAUGCCAGGUUCAGAACGUUUGAUAAUUGGCCCAAGUCUAUGCCACAAACUAAGGAACAACUCGCUGAUGCUGGAUUUUAUUAUACUGGACGAGGUGAUGAGACCCAGUGUUAUCUGUGUGGAGGUGGACUCAAAGACUGGGAACCUAAGGAUGAUCCCUGGGAGCAGCACGCCAAAUGGUUCAGCAAAUGUUAUUAUGUUCUCAUGGUGAAGGGUCAGUCGUUCAUUGAUACUGUUAUUGGACAGAGCGUACCACCACUUACAACAGAGGAAACCCUACAGAUGCAUUUGCCCAGCUACAUUGAGAAAGUUAAACAACCUCCGCAAUCAGAAAUUGAGGAAAAGGCUGAGGAUACAUCAGAGACAACGGCGUCCUCAUCACGGCCGAAUAGCCCACCCAAGAGUAAAAAUUCUGAUGACGCAAGGAUGUGUAAAAUUUGCUACAAUGAAGAACUUGGUGUUGUGUUUUUACCUUGUGGACACAUUGUGGCAUGUGUUAAGUGCGCACCUGGUAUGACAUCCUGCGCUGUGUGCCGGGAAAAGGUUACAAUGACCGUUCGUGCUAUAAUAUCUUAGUACUGUGAAUCCUAGUGAUUCUUCUUUUAUCAUUUGUUUUGUCAUUGGUCCAACAGCAAUUUUAAAACAAAUUCCUAAAAAUAAAAAAUCCGAAAAAUAAAUCGCUGAGCGUUUCAAUAUCUUUGGCUGCGAUAAUAAAUUUAAUAAAGGAAAAUUAUAAACUCCUACAUUCAUUCGGGUAUCGCUUUGCGCCUGCUAAAUGACAUGACUCAUGAAACAUAUCGGUAUCAGGCUCUGUUUCAGGGACAAUUUAAUGGUAAUUGAAUGCCAUUAUCUUGACGUCAGUCGUCACAUGUCUGCAGUGAUAAUUCACUCAUGCAGAGCCUUAUGUUUUUCUUUUUCUUCUUCCCUGAUUCGGAUGCAAAUAAUAUUUGGUAUUUUUUUAAAUAAUUCAUCAUUUUUUUUGUGGACAUUGAAUUUGCAUUAAAUACCGGACAGUUCCUGAUUAUCGGUAAAUUGCUAUUUUUAUGGUACAUUGGGAAUUGGUUAUUGCCCGUCGUCUCUUACAUUAUAAAACUUGUAGAGAUAAAAACAUUGAGAUAAAACAAAAAGUGAGAAAUGUGAACAUGUAAAGUAGAAAAGAAAAAAAUAGCAAAAAUCGUCAUGAAGUCUAGUCGUUUGUCAGUAUAUCGCGUUUGCGUUAAAGUUAAAAUAAAGGAAAUGAAAGAAUAUAAAUUUUACCGGCGUUUUAAUUAUAACUUUCUUAUCAAUGAAAAUAUUAAAAUUAAAAAUAAAAAGCCAAUUUAAAAGAAUUAAUAACUGUUCAAAGUGUUCUAUAAUAAAAAUGUAAAAUGGAUUAUGUAAAUCAGGUUUAAUAUGUAUUACUUAUUAGGGGAAAAAAUGGCGGGCUCUUUAAAAGAUUUUUGUGAGAAAGAUUUUUUUUUACUAAUUUUUCAACUAUUUCAAAUGGUCAAACGUUUCAAAGUGAAAAAAACAUUUUAAACAAUACAUUAUGAAUAGAUCGACGUACAUAACGUGUGGGAUUGGCGUCAAAGUUGUGUUUUUCAUAAAUCGUCGACGUGAGUCACGAAGCAGACGAGUUUCUGCACGUUACAAAAGCAGCACAACCAUUCACACAUUGACGUUUGGAAUUCAUGAAACAGACCAUUCAUUCGCCCCUAUUCACCACUUGCAAGGGUAUAACAAAAAUUACGCCUAGCUUAUAUCAAAACUGAAAAUUCAAAUCUAGAAAUGUUAGAAAUGCCUCUAGCGGACCGGAAAUUUCAGCACCGCUUUCUUUCCAUAACGUUGUUAAUUGAAAGAAACUCGAAUAUAUAUUUAAGCGCUACACUCGUAAAACAUCCAUUUAUUUUAGCAUUUAACGGGUUUAUUGGUUGGGUUAUAAGACUUAUUAAAUUUCAUCAGCUAAAUCAUACAAACUUAAAGUUUCAUAUUUUUUCUAUUUUCAUUUUUUCAAUUACGCAUGGCACGUAACUGUUCUCGGGUGAUAUCAACACAACAGUUGACAAUUAGAUUUAUCAUACAAUUUUAAUUCGGAAAAAAAAA